AUGCUAAAACUUCGCCAGUUACAGAAACAAAAGCAGGAGCAAGCAAGGCAAAACGGCACGAUCCCUGCCCCCGGAAACGCACCAGUUAGCGCGUGCCAGCUCAGGCUUCGCAAAGAUCUGGCUUCGCUUGACAUUCCGCCAUGCGUAUCAAUUGAUGUAUCCGAGUGCGAGUCGAACUCUAGGCUCUACAUCAACAUCACACCAGAUGAGGGCUACUACAAAUGUGGACAUUUCAAGUUUUGCGCCACCUUCAAGGACACGUACCCUAUUGAACCACCCAAAGUGACGCUAUUGAGCAAGAUAUUCCACCCCAACAUAGAUUUGCAGGGAAAUGUUUGUCUGAACAUACUGAGGGAAGAUUGGUCACCCGUUCUGGACGUGCAAAGUAUCCUGAUAGGCCUCCUCAUGUUAUUCCUAGAGCCCAAUGCUACAGACCCCCUCAACAAGGUCGCAGCAGACGUUCUCGCCGCGAAUCCACACCAGUUUCGCAGGGACGUAGCGACUUCGCUGCGCGGCGGUCAAGUGAACGGGCAGUGGUACGACCGCGUGAUAUGA